UCCACAUUCCAACACUUACAAGAAUACCACGGAGACGCCGAAUCGAAGAAUUACACACAUUUUAUCCCCAUCCUAACAUCAAAAUUAAUUUGCUUGAGCCACAAACAAAUAAUGGGUAAAGAAAAAGCUGGCAAAUCGUUUAAUAUAGGUGAUCUAGUGUUUGCCAAAGUCAAAGGCUAUCCGGCAUGGCCGGCAAAGAUCACAAAGUUUAACAACAAAAAGUAUAAUGUUUACUUUUAUGGAACUGGCGAGACCGCCAAUAUUAAAGUGGAAGAUCUGUUCACAUAUGUAGGCAAUAAGGAGAAAUUCGCAACCGAAAAGAAUAUGAAGCGGGCAAAGUUUAGUGAUGCUAUUGAUCAAAUACAAAGUGCAUUGGCCGGCGAGGACUCGGCGCCGAUUGAUUUACCAAAUUCCGAUAAAGUGAAAUCCACCACUUCUACUACUAGUACCCCUACCCCUACCACUUCUACUACCACUACUACUACCACUGAGACAGAUGAGACAGCCACCCCCCCUAACCAACCCCCUUCGACAACGACUUCUUCAACAGCAUCGACAGCAACAAAUUCUAAUCAAAGCGAUGCUGCUGGCUCGAGUAAUGAACAAAAACGUCGUGCUCCCAAAAAGAAGGCAGAGGCCGCAGAGUUGAUCGAUGAUGAUGUUCAACAUGUUGAUGUUGAUACGGAAGAUGAUAGUACAUUGGAUGCCUCCGAUAUAGGACCACCGUACAAGAGACGCGUACCACCAGAGGGUAUACAAUCUCCGGUUAUUUCAUUAUCUUCAACUACAACCAAUACAACAUCAGCCAGUUCUGCGUCUACAGUUAAUAAUGUCAAGAAAUCGGCUAAGAAAUCCAAACCGACCGCUGCUGUGACACCUAUGCAAAAACGUGUACGUCCAAUGCCCAACAUCCAAAACAAUUUGCUUAUGGUUUAUAUGCCAACGGCUCGGUGUUUGGGCAUUGAUAUCAACUACAAAAAACCAGAGAAAUUUGAAAGUGCCGCAGCGGAACAAGCCUGGAUGGAUAAAUCCCGCAAAGAGGCGGCAGAUCUGAAAUUGAAACUCGAAUCGGGUCAAAUUGAACCGGAAUCCAUGCCCGAUCGCAUUGUAAUUGAACCGAUGCGCAAUGAGAUACCCAAACAGGAAGCCGUGCGAUUUAUUGAAGAGCUAAUCGAACACGAAGAUGCAUUGUUCAUGGAACGUGAUUUUAUUCAAUUGUCACAGCAAUUGCGUGAAUGUUUGGGCUUGCGACGAGCCAAUGUUGGCAAAUGUUUGGAAAUACUUGAAGAAUUCAAUCAAGUCGGUUUGACCAAAUUGAUGCUUUUGCGUAAUCCAGAAUGUGUGGACAUUAUGCGACGAUUGCGACGAUAUGUGGGCAAUUUGGAAUUGUGGAAAAUGGACUAUCAUGAUGAAAUUGAAUUCAAAGAGAAGGCUCAAAUAAUACGUAAAGUAUCAUCAGAGAUCUAUGAGGGCUUUAAGAAGCUAUUUAAGGGAACAGAGCCCGAAACUGAAGAUAACUUUUGGAUUGAUUUCUGCGAGAAAGUUAAAAUCUACAAGACCUAUACAGAAAACAUGAAUGAAAACUUGCAGGUCGCACUGCAUGAGCAUGGUUAUAAUAAUCUUAUUUUCAACAAAAACAGAGCUGAAGUUAAGCAAAAAUAGAAAUCAGAGAUAAGGAGGAUCUUUGGCUUAACUAGCUAAUGGCCCCGCAAACAGUUACGUUAAUUAAAAGAGGUAUAAGGAUAUUUUUGAUCAUAACCUCCUCCCCCGAUGCAGAGGGUAUCUGACAAUUGUUAAACUUUUGAGGACGGAAGCAUCUAGUAAUACUUAAGCAUUAUAAUACUUGAUAUACAUUAAUAGCCACACCCGCACGCACGUAUAUCGUCUGUCCGUCUGUUUAAACGCAUCGCACUCCAACAGUUAAGUGUGAGAAAAUACUUGGAAACACAAGAAAUAAACUUAAUGAUACGUGAAACAAUAUUUUUAACAAUAGAGAAGAGCACUUCAAAUUGUGGCCUAAUAA